GCUGUGUGUGGAGACUGGAAUGCACGCUUCCUAAUUCAUUAAACACCUGGAUGGUAGAAGCAGAUGAAAUACAAUCGACAUGAGGUGCAGUAUUUAUAUAAAUCUCGGAUACCCCUGCAGUCCUGGCAGUGCACACACAGUAACAGCCUCCCUGUGCGCGUGUGAAGGAGGUGGAGAGAGAGCCGUUGCAGCACGAGUGGAGCCUGCAGAGCUCGUCCAGCUGAAGCUCAGACUCGUGCUUCCGUUCUGCACUCUGGGAGGAAAGCAGACUCCUUUUGGGACGGGGUCACGGGCAGAGCUAUUAAUCAGAGCGACCAGAGAGCUUCCAAAUAUAAAAGCUGCUUCCAGUCCUGCACUCAAACCGGUUUGCUGGUGAAUCUCAGGCAGGCAGCUCUGUGUGACGAUGCCGAGCUGCGGGACGGUGGCAUGGCUGCUCCUGCUCCUGACCUGUCUCUGUGCGCAGCGUGGGUCCGGGCAGCAGGCAGGGCAAGCUGAGACGGGCACGAGGAAACCUUUCUUUGAGAGGCUGAGGAGGCUGGAGGAGCAGUUCCGCAGGUUCCAGGAGUUGACUCUGACGCGCCUUCAAGGAAUCGCAGACAACUACAACCUCUCGUACAACAUCGAGGCGCGCUUCCAGCUGCUGACAGACCAGUACACCAACAUCUCCCAGGCCAUCACCGGCUUCCAAGACACCGCCGCCAGCGACCUCAACAGCCUCAAGUUCUGGACCAAGAAGCUCCAGAAGAAAAGCAAGAAGCUGGACCUCAAGGUGAGUGCCCUGGAGAAAUCCCUGAACGAGAAGAACAAGCAGACCCUGAGAGACAACAAGGAGCGCGACGCCGUCCUCUCCAGCCUCACCCAGGAGCUCCAGGACCAGAGGGAUCAGAUCAGCUCCCUCUCCUCCGACAAGGAUCAGGCACGGGCCGGCAUCCAGGGGCUGCAGGAUGCUCUCAGAAGCCAGGAGGCCAAGGUGGAGCGGUUUGAGCAGCAGGUGAGCAGCGCUUUGCCGAAUGAGGCCCCUUCCUCCAGUGAACCCUCAGCCCAGCACUCCUCCAACCAGACGCCCGAAGGAAAAGCAACUGAGACUCAGGAUACAGACGGGGAGCAGCUCCAGCAGCAGAAGCCUGGAAAGAAGCUCCAAGUCAAGCAUUUCAAGGGCAGGCAGCUUCAGGAGAGACAGACCCCCAGGACUCCAGCGUUCAGACCCCAGCCCGUCAAGGAAACCCAGGUGAACCAACCUCUGCAGCAAACCCAGGGCCUCCCCCCGCCCCUCCAGAGACACAAGAUCCCCCGGCAACAGCAGCAAGAGCCCCCCAAGAAGCCAGGCACGAUAUGCAAUGUGAAGUCGAUGCUGGUCUUCCCCAACGCCUCCACUGAGAACUACGUCACCUUCACGAAGGGGUUCCCCGCGGAGCUUCACGAGCUGUCUGUGUGCACCUGGCUGCGGACCGGGGCCGGCUACCUGGGCACCUUGCUGUCCUACGCCACGGAGGAGAACGACAACAAGCUGGUGCUGCACGGCCGCAACUCCAGCGCCCCGCAGACCAGCAUGCACUUCGUCAUCGGAGACCCCGCCUUCCGCGAGCUGCCUGUCGGCCCGCUGCUGGACCGCGGGUGGCACCAUCUCUGCGUCAUCUGGUCAUCCAUCGAGGGCAAAUACUGGUACUACGUCGACCGGAGGCUGUCCGCGGCCGGCUCCAAGUUCCAGAAGGGGUACGAGGUCCCGUCAGGGGGGUCUCUGGUCCUGGGGCAGGAGCAGGACUCGGUGGGAGGGGGGUUCGACGUGGCCGAGUCCUUCGUAGGCAGCCUGGCUGGGUUCACAGCAUGGAAUCGGGCCCUGACGCCCGGGGAGGUGUCUGGGAUAGCCACCGGGAAGGGCCUGCCUCGAGGGACAGUCUUCACGCUGGACGAUAUCGCCGCUGUCCACGGGGACGUGCAGCGCGUGGACUGCGGCUGCCUUGAGCACUGCGUGUGAAACGCAUAAGAACAUUUAAAAAUCACUCUGAGGACACUGCAUGCAGCGUUAUAAUUAAGCUUGCCAUGUAAUCAUCAAACUGCAUCGCAUUUGCAGCGUGGGACUGAGAUGUACAAGUCACUAUAUAAAUCAAUCUGUAGUUAUGUACCUCUGCUGUAAUACUGCUGACCGGUAGAGCUGCAUUGUCAUUUGUUUAACAGGGAACUUUCUUCUUCAUUGUUUUUCAUAACAGGGAAAGCUGGGGGUAUUUUUACACUGGGGGUAUUUUUACACUGUCACACAUUCUCAGUAAGGGGGACCCCUCAGAGCUGCAACGGUGACACAUGAUCACACCCCGAAAAAAUAAUAGUGUAAAAUAAUGUAUAGGAAUAUGCAGCAGGAUACUCUCGUUGUAGCUUCACAGGAGUGACUGACUGUAUAAUAAAACAUUUUA